UAGCCGGGAGUACCAAACAAUUUGCGAUUUGGAAUCACCCCUUCUUUAGAUUCAUUCCAAAUCAAAAGGUGGAGUGGGAAACCUAAUAACGAAAAGAUGGAGCCCAGCCAAGAACACCAAGCUGCUGCAACAAUCUCAUCAAUGGCGUCGGGCCACCGUGACCCCAACAACGCCAUGAUCAACACUUUCAUGGAGAUCACCUCCUCUACAUUUGAAGAAGCCCAAUUCUUCCUCGAAAGCCACAACUUCGACGUCGAUGCCGCCGUUUCCACCUUCUUCGAGUCCACAUCGGCUCCUCCUCCUCCCCCACCUUCCUCUACCUCCACCGCCGCCGUUGUUGGUGCUACAGAUGAAGAAUUACACUCUCCUUCCUCCCCCUCCGCCUCUCUUUCUCCUUCCCCCUCUCGCUCUCGCUCCCAUUCUCCACCCGCCGGAGUUCGAUCUCAAUAUGGUCUCCGAUCCCGGGGAACCACGGGAGGAGGUGAUGUCAAUGAUGUAAGUUCCAACUCCAGGAGUUGCCGUCGUGCCGGAGGUGUUCGGACCUUCGCUGAUCUGCAUCGGAAUUCGGCUGAGGAUGGUUCUGGAAGUGAUUCUGACAGUGAUCGUCCUGCUGAGUUCUACACUGGUGGCCAGAAAAGUGGCGUGGUUGUGCAAGAUCCUUCCAAGGAGAAUGGUGCUGAAGCGAUUUUUGAGCAAGCUAGACGUAAUGGAGCUAGUGAGGUACCAGUUGAUUUUCACCAGCCAUCAUCUAGCUCAAGAAGCUUUACUGGAACAGCUAGAUUACUUUCGGGAGAGACGAUGUCAUCUUCCCCCCAUGAGCAGGCUCCUGAAGCUAUCGUAUAUACAGUCACCCUAUGGCGUAAUGGCUUCACGGUGAAUGAUGGGCCUUUGAGGAGAUUUGAUGAUGAAGAAAAUGCUUCAUUUUUGGAGAGCAUCACAAAGUCUGAGUGUCCAAUCGAGCUAGCGCCGGCAGACAGGAAAACUGCAGUCCGUUGUAACCUUGUGAGGAGGAAUGAGAAAUACCCUGAACCACAAAAACAAAAAGUUCCAUUCCAGGGUGUUGGAAGGACAUUGGGUAGCAGCAGUUCAAACUCUUCUGAACUUUCUGCUUCUGUAACUGCUAUCAACUCUGCUCCAGCCCCUGUGAUGGGCUUAGUUGUGGAUGAUACACUACCAUCAACCUCGAUCCAGCUUAGGCUAGCUGAUGGGACUCGCAUGGUUUCACGCUUCAACUAUCAUCACACAGUAAGAGAUAUCCAUGCCUUCAUUGAUGCAUCAAGGGCGGUUAGGACAGGAGCUUAUACACUGCAGAUGAUGGGUUUUCCUCCCAGGCAACUAAAUGAUGUUGACCAGACAAUAGAACAGGCUGGUCUUGCCAACUCCGUUGUGAUCCAGAAAUUCUAGCUGACUGUUUCUUUGGUACUGGAUUUCUUGUCUUCACUUCGUCAUCUGCUGCUACAUUGGCAACAAGGCCUGAAUUCUACUUGUUUAGCAAUUUUUAUCAAAUGAUUGCCAGAAAGUUUGGUGGUUGAAUUUUUUAUGCAGCACAUUGCAGUUAACUCUGAAUGUAUUUCAACAUAACCAAUUGUAGCCUUUUUGAGUACAGUAUCUUUUUUCUUCUGGAAAACGAGGUUAUGCCAGCCAAUAGAAACCCGUUUAACACACACAUUCCUGUAUAUCAUCAUUUCAAUUUCCAGUUGAAACAGAAAGGAGCGGAGGAGUGUUGGGGCUGUCUGGGGAGUACUUAGGAUUUUAAUCAAGUGAGUAUGUUUACAUCAUUUUACAAUACCAGUUGAUCAUCAGAGAAUCUAUUAUUUUGUUGGUUUCUAAGAAUAAUUAUUUGUACAUAUCUUUGCCCAAUGUUGAUAUAAAUAUUGAAGUUUUAAUGCC